AUGUUAAAAAGUAAUUCUUAUCAUCUAAAAACCAAUAAGAAACAUAAAUCAUCUCCAUUAGCUUCCAUAGAGCUACUACAAAAGUUAUUGGAUUUUAAAUAAACGUAAACUUCCAUGAAUUGUUCCUAAGAAAACAAAACUCUAGUCAUGAAUGGGAAUUUAGCAAAACAAAUCUCGAAAUCAAUUUCAAUUGGCAGUCAAAGUUGGAAGGAUAUAGCACCUCCAAUUCAUGAAUCUGAUAAUUUGCUUAGAAAAAAGGAGGAAAUCCUCAAUACAUUGAAGAAAUCAAAGCAUGUCAGACAUAUAAGUUAGAUUUGGUCAAUGAGAAAUAGAACUGAUAGUAAUGUCCAUACUCCAAGAAAAGAAGGGGUAAACGAUUUUAUUUAAAAUGCAAGAAUCUUUUUGAAAGAGAAACUAUUAGAAAAUAAGUUAGAUAAGCUCUGCUAUUAGGUUUAAUAAUUAAAAAAUAAAUCCGAUAUUUUGGAAAUCUAAAAUAAAUUGCUUUUCGAGAACCUUAAGCAACAUCAUAAUGACCAUAAUAACGUGCACGAAAGAAAGGUUUUGAUGGGAAAGCUCGAUUAAAUGAUAACGAUGCAAAAGAAAUAAGAAUAAAGCUUAAAUUAUUUUAAGCAAUUAUUCCAAGAGAAUGACGAAGGAAGGAGAGUGAAAACCUAAACCUCCUAUCCCAAGCUGAGACCUGCCCUAUACUCUGGCUACGUCGGAUUAAAAAUGUGA